CCACGAUGGCGAUGACGAAUGUGGUGUUUGGCGACGACUACGACGAAGACGCGUACAAGCUGAUGGAGCUCCCGGCAGAAGUGUGUGACUCAUUCACCAGUGGAGACGAAGUGUAUAUCGUGGGAGACGCCACCCAACGCGCCGUGCUAUGUACGCCAUCCCAGAGCUUCUACCUCGUCAAGGAAGACCAGUCCAACCUGCGCAUGUUGGUGGAUUCAUGUCAAUGGGAACAUGCCACGUCCGAAGUCGACAUUACGAUCCGAGGGUGCUCGAUCAACCAUUAUGAACUCACGGAGAAGCCGUUGAACGUGAGCGAACUCAAGGCGCUGCUCAUGGAGGCGCCAUGGACCAAGGACUGGUGCGCCAAGUCGGUCUUGUCGUCCCCGGUAAAGAAGAAGCUUCGAGCAUCGACUCUGUACACACUGAACGAUCUCAUGGACAAACUCCAGCACAGCGCGUACGAAGUCAGGCAAAUCCUGCGCCAGCUCCGCGCCGUGUGCAUCGACGGGUUCUGGCGCCUCGUGGAUCCGUCCUACUCCCAGCACGUCAUGCACGAGAUCUUGGACACGAUGAUGCAGCAGGACUGGGACCUCUCCACCCCCCUCUCUGUCGACUCGCUCCAAGUCCACCUCGACGCCAUCACUCCCGUCAUUCUCGCGCACACCCUUGGCGGCUUCAGCCAACCCUCUGCCACCGACGACGCGUUCACACUCAGCCCCACCAAAGUGGCCGCGUUCCAGGCCACCGCCCUCUUCGAAGAGCGCAACGAGUGGCCCGUGGCCGCCUUCAUGGAGCAGUGGGGCUUCCGCGUACCCGACGGCGUCCCCAUCGACCUGUCUUUGCUGCGUGGCAUCGCCAUCCUUCGAGGAGAUGCAAGUUCCGUCGUGUACUUUCCGCAGUCGCGCCUGUCCAUCGACCCCAAGAUGCGGUUCCACGAGAUGUUUGCGUUCCAGCCCAAGUGGACGCUGGCCCAGCUCGAGCCGUAUCUCGAGCAGCUCGUGACGGGCAAACUGACCCAGGCGUCGCUCCUGCUCAAGUACACGCGGGCGUCGCGGGUACUCCACUCCCCCGACCGACUGUACAGCAAACGAUAAGGCAAUCUAUUGUUAUGUGAUUGAACUAUGCCAUAUUGUGAAUUCGCUAUAAAUGUCCAAACUUCGCGUGGCUGUUUGUCUAAUGAAUCACGCUGGCGGCGUUCUGAUUGGUUGAAUAUACUUUGUCUUUUCUGUAAGAGCCAAUCAAAU